UUUUGUUAUUGAACCAGGGUUUUCACACACUCACAGGGACAAUCACGAUGCCCCUGCCGGACACGAUGUACUGCGCCCAGCAAAUCCACAUCCCCGCGGAGCUGCCCGACAUCCUCAAGCAGUUCACCAAGGCGGCCAUAAGGACGCAGCCAGAGGACGUGCUGCAGUGGGCGGCCGCGUAUUUCUGCGCCCUCUCCAAAGGAAACACUCUCCCUGUGAAGGAGAGACUUGAGGUGCCACUAGCAGUGCAGGAAGGGGAGGGUGGUCUCACUCCGGGCCUCCUGAAAGUGCUGCACAAACAGCUGGGCUGCGAGGAGACUGUGACCAGGGAGGAGCUGGAGCACAAGUGGAAGGGACUUUGCCUGCCCACCGAACAGCUGGACACGCUGCUGCAGCUCGGCGACUUUGGUGCAGAGCUCAAGUGGAUGCAGUUCUUCGCUCUGGGCUGCAGUGCCCUGGGUGGGUCCAUCCUGAGCACCCUGAAACACGCCUGCGAGAUCCUCACCGAGGACACGGAGGGAGGCCCCUCUCGCAUCCCCUUCGACACCUUCGCCGACCUGUACACCUACCUGGCACGCCUGGACGGCGACAUCCCCCAGGACGAGAUGGACAGCUUCCUUCAGAGCCUGCAGGAACACGUGGAGCGCCAAGGAGGGAUGGUACAGCCAACGAAUUUCACUAGUCCCUGUAGAGCUGAACAGACAGAGUAAAGGUAAAAGGUACAUGUUGGCAGCCUGUAACACCCUCGCAUCUUACAUCACCAGUCCUUAUUGUCACCAUUCCCUCUAAGAAGCCUGAAAACUGCAAUGCAGUGCUGGGAGACGAGAUGUCCUCUCUGAGACUGUUUACCCUGUUUACUCAGAGCUUUCAGCCAAAAAAAUGCAGUGAAAUGAUACACAUUGUCAAGGUAUUAAUUUCAGCAAAUGGUUUUAUACAAAAAUACUCACCUUUUCUGGUAUUUUACUUGAGAAUCAUUUAUUCCAGAUUCUUAACUACUACAUUACCUGCUUAUCCCCUAUCUGAACGGGUACAGUGUAUAGGACUUCUGGAUGUUCACUCCGUUAAGGAGUCACUAAAAUUUACAUUAAAUAUUCUGUUCUUGGACCGUGGACAUUCACAAAUGACAUGUAUUACAGCUGAAUGUUUGUCACAUGUUUAAAUGCAUUAAACGUGGUAAAAUAA